ACCAAGGGAGGCCAUGGUGUCCGCUGGGGGUGCGGUGGCCUCGCCCUCCACGCUCUCCGGCCGGGGGGGGGAGGCUGAAUGCCCCGGCCCCAGCGCCUCGUGGUGGGCAGUGCCAGCUGCUCACUUGCCUGGCAUUUCCUGGCUGUGUCGGUUCCAGCGUCAGCUGCGGCUCCCGAUGUCUCUUCAGGGGGCAGCGGGUGCUGAGGAGCUGGUUUUCUAUGUGAAUGGGAGGAAGAUAAUAGAGAAAAAUGCUGAUCCUGAACAAAUGCUGUUGUCUUAUCUGCGGAAGAGACUCCGUCUUACAGGAACUAAGUAUGGCUGUGGAGGAGGUGGCUGCGGUGCCUGCACGGUGAUGAUAUCAACUUAUGAAUCAACUUCCAAGAAGAUACAACAUUAUUCAGCAAAUGCCUGUCUGCUUCCCAUUUGCUCCUUGUAUGGUACAGCAGUCACCACAGUGGAAGGUGUUGGAAGUACAAAAACCAGGGUUCAUCCAGUUCAGGAAAGGCUUGCCAAGUGCCAUGGCUCCCAGUGUGGUUUCUGCACCCCCGGAAUGGUGAUGUCCAUAUACACUUUGCUAAGAAACCACCCAGAACCCACUUCGGAGCAGAUAACUGCAGCCCUGGCCGGGAACUUGUGCCGCUGUACUGGGUAUAGGCCGAUUCUAGAUGCCUGUAAAACCUUUUGUCAGGAAUCAGCUUGCUGUCAAAGUAAACCAAAUGGAAAGUGUUGCAUGGAUCAAGAAGAUGAUUUAUUUGACAAGAGAGAGAAGGUUUGCACUGGACUCUUUUCAACAGAUGAAUUUCAGCCUCUAGAUCCCACCCAGGAGCUUAUAUUUCCUCCAGAACUAAUGAGGAUGGCUGAAAGUCAACCAAAAAGAACUCUGGUUUUCCGUGGGGAAAGGAUGACAUGGAUUUCUCCUGUAAGCUUAGAUGAAUUACUGGAUCUGAAAGCUACCCAUCCCAAAGCACCUCUUGUGGUUGGGAACACCAAUGUGGGACCUGAGAUGAAAUUCAGAGGAGUACUUCAUCCAGUUGUUAUUGCUCCAGCAAGGGUUCUGGAUCUGAACUUGGUGAAAUGCACAGACGAUGGAUUAACUCUAGGAGCUGCCUGCAGUCUCACCCUAGUGAAAGACGUCUUGACAAAUGCAACCUCAGAGUUCCCGGAGGAGAAGACAAAGAUUUUCCGCGCUGUCUUGCAGCAAUUAAGAACUCUGGGUGGAGAACAGAUAAGAAAUGUUGCUUCAUUAGGUGGAAACAUUGUAAGUAGAAAAUCAACUUCAGACUUGAAUCCCAUUCUGGCAGCUGGCAAUUGUAUGCUCAAUCUGGUGUCAAGAGGAAGAAAGCGACAGAUUCCUUUGAGUGAUAUUUUUGCAGAUGGAGCCAGUAACAAUACCAUUAUGCCAGAAGAGAUCUUGGUCUCUAUCUAUAUCCCCCAUUCUAGGAAGGGUGAGUAUGUCUCUGCAUUCCGACAAGCACCGCGACGGGAAAAUGCUCUCCCAAUAACAAAUGCUGGGAUGAGAGUUCUUUUUGAAGAAGGCACGGACAUAAUAAAGGAUUUAAGCAUUUUCUAUGGAGGUAGUGUCUCAACCACAAUCUGUGCAAAACAAACCUGUCAGGCACUUAUCGGAAGAUACUGGAAUGAGCAGAUGCUGGAUGCAGCUUGCAGACUUGUCCUUAAAGAAAUUGCUCUUCCAGGCUUAGCCUGGGGUGAGAAAGUUGAUUAUAAGAAAACUCUGAUAGUCAGUUUCUUUUAUAGAUUUUUCCUGGAAGUAUUGCAGUCUUUGAAGACAAUGGACCCUUGCCACUAUCCUAGCAUACCUAUGGAAUAUGGCAGUGUCCUACAGGAUUUCGAAACCAAAAUGCCACAGAGCAUCCAAAUAUACCAGGACAUAGAGCCAGGUCAGCCUCCCCAGGAUCCUGUAGGACGUCCCAUUAUGCACCAGUCUGGAAUUAAGCAUGCCACGGGUGAAGCAAUUUACAUUGAUGACCUUCCUUCUGUGGACGGGGAGCUCUUUCUGGCUGUUGUCACUAGUUCCAGAGCUCAUGCUAAGAUUGUGUCUAUAGAUACAUCAGAGGCCCUGAAAGGACCAGGUGUGUUUGAUAUCAUAACAGCUCAUGAUGUCCCAGCCACAAAUGAGUUUUACUAUUCCAAUGAACCAGAGAUUGUAUUUGCAAGAAACAAGGUGACUUGCGUUGGUCAGAUUGUCUGUGCUGUGGCUGCAGAUUCAGAUGUUCAUGCCAAACAAGCAGCUGCAAAAGUGAAGAUAGAGUAUGAAGUAUUGGAGCCAGUGAUCUUGACGAUUGAGGAAGCAAUAAAACACAACUCGUUCUUUGAGCCAAAAAGAAAACUAGAACAAGGAAAUGUUGAUCAGGCAUUUGAAACUGUUGAUAAAAUACUUGAAGGGCAGAUUCACAUUGGGGGACAGGAACAUUUUUACUUGGAGACUCAGAGUGUGCUUGCUGUUCCAAAAGGAGAGGAUAAAGAAAUGGAUAUGUAUGUGUCAACACAACAUCCAGCAAUUAUCCAGGAGAUGGUAUCUGCAAGUUUAGGCGUUCCAGCCAACAGGAUCAUGUGUCAUGUCAAACGAGUUGGCGGAGCUUUUGGUGGAAAACUCCUGAAAGCUGGUUUACUGGCAUCAGUUGCUGCAGUGGCAGCAAACAAAACCAGCAGAGCAGUCCGUCUUGUUCUGAGUCGAGGGGAUGAUAUGUUAAUCACGGGAGGCCGGCAUCCUUUUAUUGGUAAAUACAAAGUUGGCUUCAUGAAUGAUGGUAGGAUCAUAGCUGUGGAUGCCAAAUUUUACAUUAAUGGAGGAUGCACCCCUGAUGAAUCUGUCCUGGUAUCAGAAGUAUCCUUACUAAAAAUGGACAAUGCGUACAGGAUUCCUAACUUGAGAUGCUGGGGUUAUGCCUGCAAAACUAACUUGCCAUCAAACACAGCAUUCAGAGGGUUUGGUUUCCCCCAGUCAGCGCUGGUGACAGAAACUUGGAUAACAGGAAUUGCAGAUAAAACUGGUUUAUCACCAGAAAAGAUUAGGGAAAUAAACAUGUACAGGGAGAAUGAGCAGACACAUUUCAAACAACAGCUUGAUCCACAAAACUUAAUACGGUGUUGGAAUGAAUGUAUGGAGAAAUCUGCAUACUACAGUAGGAAAACUGCCAUCAAGGAAUUUAACAAACAAAAUUACUGGAAGAAAAAAGGGAUUGCCAUUGUUCCAAUGAAGUUUCCAUUUGGCCUAGGCACACGUUAUCUUUCUCAGGCUGCUGCUCUGGUUCAUAUUUAUACUGAUGGGUCUGUGCUUCUGACACAUGGUGGAAUUGAAAUGGGACAGGGUAUUCAUACAAAAAUGAUCCAGGUUGCUAGUCGGGAGCUGAAUAUCCCCAUGUCGUGUAUUCACUUUUGUGAAACGAGCACAACAACUAUUCCUAAUGCCUGUGCCUCAGUGGGAUCUGCUGGGACAGAUGUCAAUGGAAUGGCUGUGAAGGAUGCUUGCCAAACUCUUCUGAAACGCCUGCAGCCUAUAAUCAACAAGAACCCAAAAGGCACCUGGAAUGACUGGAUUGAAGAAGCUUUUAAACAGAGUGUGAGUCUUUCAGCAACUGGCUACUUUAGAGGUUACAAUGAAAGUAUGGAUUGGGAGAAAGGGGAAGGACAACCAUUCACAUAUUUUCUUUAUGGAGCUGCUUGUUCAGAGGUUGAAAUUAACUGUUUAACAGGAGAUCACAAGAACCUCAGAACAGACAUUGUUAUGGACAUCGGAUGCAGCAUAAAUCCAGCCGUGGAUAUAGGACAGAUUGAAGGUGCCUUUGUUCAAGGCAUUGGACUUUACACAAUGGAGGAAUUAAACUACUCUCCAGAAGGAGUCCUCUAUACGCGGGGUCCAGAUCAGUAUAAAAUCCCUGCUGUUUGUGAUAUUCCAGAACAGUUCACUGUUUCCCUUCUGUCAUCUUCCCAAAAUCCUUAUGCCAUCUAUGCAUCCAAGGGGAUAGGUGAGGCAGGACUGUUCUUGGGAUGCUCUGUGUUCUUCGCUUUGAGAGAUGCAGUGACUAGCGUGAGGAAUGAAAGAGGAUUAAAAGAGACCUUCACACUGAACAGCCCUCUGACCCCUGAACAAAUACGAGCAGCCUGUGCAGAUGAAUUUACCGAGAUGGUAAUAGGAAGAUGACAAACAAUGGAUCUGCUUCCUCCACUCCUUGGGCCAUUUCUAUGUGAAUGCCAAACUGGAGAGUGCACAAGAUCUGAAUGGAAUACAGUGGAAAGUACUAAUUUACUGCCUCAAUACACAAUAAUCAACACACAGAUAAAAAUAGUAUUUUUCUCAUUUUCAGAAAUAUAUGCUCCAGCUACAAAAAAGUGCAUAUUAUAUCUUCUAUGCUUUAUCCUCAUUCUCCCUCCAGUAUAUUCAUUACAGCAUAUUACAUCUUCUAUGCUUUAUCCUCAUUCUCCCUCCAGUAUAUUCAUUACAGUACUUUACUGCAUUUAACUACUAGAAACAUCUCUGCAUUUGAAGCAUAUAUAGUCCACAAGAAGGAUAUGCUAAAUAGCUUUGUUGCACAAAAGCCCCAGAAAGAUCAACUCAAAUGCAGCUGCAGGAGAAGAAAGUUAGGAUGAUUAUCAAGGUAUGUUAAAUACUAUCAAGGUAUGUUAAAUACCUUACUGAUAUUUGUUAAGCUUUAACAACUUGAUAUGAUAUUUUAUUUUUUUGAAAGGCUUCAGCUAAUUUGCUAAUUUAGAUUUUAGUCUUGCAGUGGAGUGUCUGUGCAAAGAUCUUUUUGUCUGUUGAAGGAUCAGAACCUUGUUCAUUGUAUUCAGUCCCUUUUUGGUUACAAAGGUGAUGCAAUAAUUUGUAGUAAAGCUGUUCCUGAUUCUUUUGGCACAGACAUCUUUGUGAUAAUAAUAUGCAAGAAAUGAGUUCUAAUUUUCUUUCACUGUGCCAGGAAAAUUGCUGUGGCUGACCUGUCUAAACAGGAGAUGAAUUUACCCCCAAAGUUGUAAGAGUCACUUUGCUCUUACUUCCCUUGGAGGAUUUCUUUUUUUCACAGAGAUAGCCCAGAGCCUCUGAACUUUAAUGGAAAAAUUCACAUGGAGUUUAGUGUGCUUUGAAUAGGAGCCUGGAUGAAACUUUCUCUGGAAAGGAUUCUUGAGCAGUGCUGUUGUGCACUGGAACUGCACUUUGUUUUUGGCAGAGCAGAUCACAUGCACUUAUUAACAAAGACUCCUUCCACCUCAUUAUAAGUGGCACUGUUACCUGAUUGUCUCGGUAAAAAUCUAUACUCGUUCCAAACAUGGGGUUUUUUGGACUGAAACAUACCAAGCUGUCUCCUGGCUUUUAGGUAUUAAAAAAACUGCAUGGAAGCUAGAAUUAUCAACAAUUAAACAUCCUGAUAUAUGACACUGUGUCUACAUGAGAUAUUAUGAAAUAAAGUUGGAACUGACAAGUGGUAAA